AUAACAGCUUAAGCCUCAAUAUUGGUAUCAGAGCCUCUCUCUCUCAAACGAGAUUUUUCAAUACCCAUGGCCUCCUCCAACAGCACCACCCCUGCAGUCGGUGAAACAACCCCAAAUUCCGCUGCCACUUUCCUCACUCCAAACAAUCGAGGCCCUAUCUCAUUCAAUGCUGGCGCUUUCCCUCUCAAGCUCACCCCGAACAACUACCCAUCCUGGCGAUCUCAAUUCACCAGUUUGCUUGCUAGAUAUGAACUUCUUGGAUUCAUUGAUGGCACAUAUCCUUGCCCAAAACUCUAUGCCAACCGUUCCCGCACUCGAGUCAUCACUCUCAAGGAACGGCUGCAAAAUUUGCGCCGAGAUGGUCGUCCUGUCUCUGACUAUCUCCGCUCCAUCAAAGCUAUUGCUGAUGAACUAGGAACUAUUGAUCGCCCCCUCACAGAUGAUGAUCUCACUGUCUACAUCCUGAAUGGAUUGGGUCCUGAGUUUCAUGAAAUUGCAGCCUCCCUUUGUACUCGUGACUCCUCUUUGUCUUUUGAUGAUCUCCAUGAUCGGUUGGUGGCCCAUGAAGAGAGCCUAAAACGAGAUGAACCCAAACUUGACUCCGCUCCGGUGAGUGCCAUGUUUGCUGCUUUUCCUAACUCACAAACUGUUGCAGGCUCCUCUUCCUCCUCUUCAUCUGCUGGUCUUCUUCCCACGCCACUUGGUGGUUGACUUGCUCAAAGCAGCAUGAGCUCUCGUAAUGGCCCAAUCUCAAGCUGACCCACUAUCAAUAAAAGGCGUGGUCCUUUCCCUUGGUUCCCCAACAGGCCUGCACCCAUCAUCUGCCAGCUUUGUGGUACCCCUGGUCAUUCUGCUCGAACAUGUUCCCUCUUUCGAACACAAUAAGGCCUUCUUGCUAGCAUGGCUACAUCCUCUGUUGGGUCCCUUGAUACUUGGCUUUUGGAUUCUGGAGCAUCUCACCAUGUCACUACUGACCUGGCCAACCUUGCAUUAC